UCGUAUUAUACUUUGACGGACAUAGAUUUUAGUUUUGUUGGUUGAUUUUGCUUUGCCGUUUGUCAAAUAGACAUCAUGUUCGUAGGCCUCGCGAGUUAACGAAUUGAAAAUUCCCACUAUUUAUAUUUUUAAGUUUAAUAAAAACGGUAUUUUCCACAAAUAAGUAUAAAACUAUUUUCAAUUCCUUGUGUUUAACAGGGUUUGUUAUUCUAAUAGAAUAGUAGUUAUAGAAGUGUUCUGUCAGUCAGUUGUUCACUUCACAACAAUAACCUUUCGUCAUUGUGAAUAGACUAAUUACGUAUAAUUAGUACACGAAAUAUAUAAUAACAUCGACAGUGAGCAACAUGGCAAAGGAAGAAGACGACGACAAUUUGCCGGAUAAGGAUGCGGCUAAAGAAUUUUAUGCCCGAUAUGAGCCGAAAGAAAUAAUAGGCAGAGGUAUAAGUUCUACAGUCCGAAGAUGUAUAGAGAAGGAAACAGGUCGAGAAUAUGCGGCCAAGAUCAUAGACCUGAGUCAGGAGUCGCAGGAUGCAGUGGACACACACAUCAUGAGGGACGCAACACGCCAGGAGAUACACAUACUGAGGAUGGUGGCCGGACAUCCUUAUAUUAUUGAGCUGCAGGAUGUGUUUGAGUCGGAAACAUUCAUUUUCUUAGUGUUUGAGCUGUGCAAGAAUGGAGAGCUGUUUGACUACCUCACGUCUGUGGUCACACUGUCCGAGAAGAAGACUAGAUAUAUCAUGAGGCAAGUGUUGGAGGGUGUUCGGCAUGUGCACAGCAAGUGCAUCGUCCACCGCGAUCUGAAGCCAGAGAACAUCCUGCUUGACGACCAGCUCAACGUCAAGAUCACAGACUUCGGCUUCGCGAAGGUGCUUAAAGAUGGAGAGAAGUUAUUUGAGUUGUGUGGCACGCCGGGUUAUCUUGCACCAGAGACGCUCAAAGCCAACAUGUUCGACGACGCUCCAGGUUACGGAAAGGAAGUUGACAUAUGGGCUUGCGGUGUCAUCAUGUUUACAUUGUUGGUCGGUUGCCCGCCGUUCUGGCAUCGGAAACAGAUGGUGAUGUUACGGAACAUCAUGGAGGGGAAGUACUCCUUCACCAGUCCGGAGUGGGCUGAUAUUUCAGAUGAUCCAAAAGAUCUUAUCAGGCGGCUACUGGUGGUAGAACCGAAAGAACGGAUUGAUAUAAACGAAACGCUCAACCAUCCAUUCUUCAACACUGUCUUGUGGGACCAAGACAUGACGCCGCUCAAGAAGUCGUUGUCGAGCACCAGCCGCCGGAUGUCUAGGAUCGACCAGUUGACUAUGGCCAUAAAGAGCGGCGGGUUCAACGCGCGCGGCAAGCUGCGCGUGUGCGUGCUGAGCGUGCGCGCGGCCGUGCGCCUGCGCCGCCUGCCGCACACCAACACGCGCGCGCUGCCGCUGGCCGACGCGCUCAGGGACCCCUACACCAUGCGCGUGCUCAGGAAGGUAAUAGACGGUUGCGCGUUCCGCGUGUACGGGCACUGGGUGAAGAAGGGCGAGGGUCAGAACCGCGCCGCGCUGUUCGAGAACACGCCCAAGACCGAGCUGAAGAGCUUGUACGUGAGCAACCUCAGCCGAUAGCGCCGCCCGAGCUGUCGGGACGACAUACUUGCCGUUGCUGCCAUCCUGGUAACCUGGAGCUCCUCACGUACCAGGAUAGCAGAAUAUUUGAAGACGUGAUCUUCGGCCAAACAAACAAGCGAGACGCCGCGUACCCACGAGUGAUGUAGGUUAGUCGUAGAUAGACAGUACGUAGUAACACACUACAUUAGUAAUCUAGUUCAAUUGUCAACCUGUAUUUGUACGACUGUGGCAGAUCAGCCCACUCCUUACGUUUAGCUAACGUAAAAUAGUGUUUAUAUUAUUCAUUAUAAUAUAGUACAAGAGUGAAAGUUCUCGCAAUAUGUCGCUGUGACGAAAUGACGAAUUAUUAUGUUAUUUCUUGUUUAGUUAAUUGUUUUCUCACUAUUUUAAGGUCCACAUUAGAUUUAAUCUAGUAUUAUUUAUGCCCUGUAUAAUAUUGAUCAAAUUAGUUCUUCAUUCAUUUGUAAAAUUAAAAGAAAUUGUUUAUUUGAGUCAUUUAAGGUACGAAAGUAGAAAUCGAGAUGUGUUGAACAAUAGCAAUAAAAUUGUGACUUAUUUGUUGUAGCUACACAAGCUAUGCAAUUAUGUAGACUCACAAUGAGGUGCCUUCCUUACUUGGUGCGAGAAAAUAUAUCGUUUUAAGAUAUUUAAUUUAAAAAAUAUAAAAUGUGUUUCGUGAAGAAAUGUUGUAAACUUACAAUCAAUAUUCUGACCAAAUUAUAUCAACGGAAUUGAUAAAUAUCUACAAGUUACUGCUAAGAAAUAAUGUUUUUGGCAACUUAAUAGUCUUAGAAUAUUUCAUAUUUAAAGUGUAACGCUAUGUUAGUACAUCAUUAUUUAAGAUCUUUUAAAGCCUCACCGAAAUCUAAACUUCUUUAUUUCAUGUAAUUUGUAAAACACUAAGCAAAAGUGAGAUUUUUAGACAGAGACUAGACGCAGCUAUCAUCGAUAUCAAAGCAUGAAUGCUUAUAAAAACCGAACACCUUGUAAAAUAAAUAUGUUAACAAUAACCUAAAAAUCAUACUAUAUACGACACAAGAAAUAAUACGCUCUAAAUAAUAAUUAUAAAAUUUAUUUCAGCUAUACACGUGUCCUAAUUAUUAUGUAUGCUAUGAAAUUCAUUUAAAACAAUAUGUAUUUUUGAUCUUAACACAUUUUAUCAAUCAAACGAGUGUGUCCAUAACUCAUUUAGGUAUACAUUUAACAAUUUUUUCCUUGAAUAUAAAUCCUGUAUGCUUAUUUAAAUCGGCCAAGAGUAAAAAAAAAACACGGUAAAUUAAAUUGAUAUUCAUUUUGUCAUUUUUAUCCUAUACCUAAUAUUUUUUGACAUAUUAUUAACAUUAAAAUAAGCAAGAACAGAAUGUAUCAGUAUGUGUCCAGUACGAGAAUAUUUGUAAUUUAUAGACAGAAGGGUUAAUCCAUCAGAAAUAAUCGGAAUGCCCUUCAACUUGCUGUUAACCUGGUCCCAUUUUCCAUGGAACAAAAAAUAUUUUAAAGAGAAUUAUUCUAGUUUAUUUGCAGAAUUCAUAUGGAUAUGAAAACAGGAUUAUUUGGCAUUUUCACUGAACUUGAAUCCAAUGAUUUUACUCAAUAUUUAUUAUACCUAGUUAUAAGUAGGUAAUAGUCUUGUGUUAAGAAUGUUAUUUUGUGAUAAUUUAUGUUUCAGACACGUCAAAAACAGCUUGAUUAUCACAAUCCAUGUUAUUAUCUUCCUUAUAGCGAAAUAAAUUUAUUGAAACAAUA